AUGCAUGAUCAUAGCCUGGUGUUGACAACGAUUAAUCUUAAAAAACCUGUAGUUUAUCGUAAACUGGAAACUCAACAUGAAUCAUUGAAUGCUGAAUUUCUAGUAGAAGUUGAGCAUAUACAGGCCUCAAAUGCCCUGGAGAAGCUGAACAAAAUUAUCGAAUUGCACAGUGCUCUAAAAGCUAGACACUCGAAAACAAUAUCUGCCGAAGUAAAAGUAAAAGGCUACUGUCCAUGGAUGUCGUUAGACGUAUGGAAACUUAUACGAAUCAAAGAAAACUCUCUUGCCCGAUGCAAAAAGUACCCUGCUAACGAUCAUCUAAAGGAUCUUCUACUGCACGUUUCCAAAAAGCUACAGUGUGCCAAAGCUGAGGCUAAGAAAGGUUACUACCAUAAACUGUUCCACACGUCAAAUCAAAAAAAGACAUGGAAGAAUUUGAAUGAACUUAUAGGACGGAACGAGUCAAGAAGCGAAUCAAUCAAACUAGAACUGAAUGGAACGAUAACAGAAGAAGGAAAAUCAGUUGCAAACGCUUUCAACGAGUAUUUUUGUAACAUUGGAUCUCAACUAGCGGCUACAAUCCCAAGAAAUGCUCAGAUCAAUGGCACUCCAUCUUUCGGCAAUCGUGAUAGUAUUUACAUGCAGCCAGCAACCGAACAAGAAGUUCUCAUAUUAAUAAACAAUUUGGAUUCUUCAAAGAGCCCGGGACCAGAUGGUAUUUCGGCCCAAUUCGUCAAAACUCAUCACAAUAUUUUAGCCCCAUUGAUCCGAGACAUAUUCAAUGACUGUAUUCAAUCAGGUGGAUUCCCGGAAUCCCUUAAAACAGCACAUGUCAUUCCGAUAUACAAAGCAGGGAAAAAAACGAAUUGCAGCAACUACCGCCCCAUAUCGGUUUUAUCCGUAUUUAGUAAAAUCCUGGAAAAACUUCUUGCAACUCGUGUUUUACAAUUCCUAAAGCAGCACAAUCUAUUGUACUGCUAUCAAUAUGGUUUCCGAGAAGGCUCCAGUACCCUCACAGCAGCGACUGAACUAGUCGAUGCUAUACACAAUGCUCUCGACAAUCGCAAGUUAAUGGGUGUGUUAUUCCUAGAUUUGAAAAAAGCCUUCGACACGAUCGACCAUUCCAUACUAUUGAACAAAUUGGAUGCCUACGGAAUCAGAGGUAUUGCCAAUUCUCUCUUCGCUGACUAUCUUGCGAAUAGAAAGCAGUAUGUACAAAUUAACCAAUCGACUAGUGAUCUUGGAUACCUUCCCGUUGGAGUUCCUCAAGGCAGCAACCUGGGACCUUUGCUGUUCAUCCUGUAUGUGAACGAUAUCCAUAGGCUGCAUUUGCAUGGCAAACCAAGACUUUUCGCUGACGAUACCUCCUUAUCGUACGAGAACUGCGAUGUAAGGAUAGUUGUAGCUCAGAUGUCAGAAGAUCUUAAAACUCUUCAAGAAUACUUCAAUUCUAAUCUACUCUCGCUCAACCUGGACAAGACAAAAUAUGUAAUGUUCCGAUCUACUUACCGGCAGCCCGAAUCUCACAACCAGCUCCAAGUUGGCUCAACAGUCAUUGAACAAGUCAAUUCGUUCAAGUAUCUAGGACUCAUAUUCGAUGAACUGGUAAGAUGGGACAAGCAUAUAGACCGCCUACGAAAAGAACUCAGUGCUAUACACAGUAUGAUAUGGAAGCUAUCCAGGUUCGUACCCACCAAACAUCUGACACAUCUAUACCAUGCAUUUGUGCAAUCUAAGUUGCAAUACAUGGUCUCCGUUUGGGGAGCUGCGAGAAAACGAGACAUAAAACCUCUCCAAGCUUUACAAAACCGUUGUCUCAAAGGAGUGUUCAAGAAACCCAGACUUUUCCCAACAAUCAACCUUUUUGAAGCAGCCCCGGCGUCAGUUCUGCCAAUAGCUGCCCUAAGAGAACUGCAGAGUGUCGUACAAAUCCACAGUUGGGUUUGGGUUGGUUUGUUGAUUGGAAGAGAGAAAACGACGACGACGACGCCGCCGCCGGUGAGCGACUCAAACCCUCUGCUGGAAGUUAACUUGCUUGCUGCUGCUGAACGGAUGGAUGGGGCUCCAACUGCUGCCGGGCUGGGGCGAAUGCGCCAGGAAUGGGAUAGGUCGGAUCGGGAGAAUUGCAAGCCGGGGUGGAUCACCGGGUUAUUGAACGACUGGCGCGAGACUCUCCACCACUCGCUUUUGCUGAUGAUGGAGCUGGCGACAAGCGGAGUGCGGCGGCACACACAAUCGCAGGAGGAUUGUUGCUGUUGCUGCUGCUGCUUUUGGCGAGCCAGAAUUGAGGAAGAAGUCAGACGGCACGGUAGGAAGCCACCCGAACCACAUCCAAGUGCCGAAAACGGAGAGUCAAGUGCUCUGGUUGCGUUCGAUACCCGGCACAUGUUGGAGUACACUUAA